AUUCAUCAAUAAGUUUAGACAUAGUCUUACUCUCUAUGUGAUUUUACUAAUAUCAAUAGACCAAAUACCUUGUAACAUAAAAAUGUUCCGAUCAUCUUUGUUUCCUAGAGUUCUCCUAUGUGAUAUUAGAAUUAAAUGCUUCCUCUCAAUUUUAUGGAGCUAUGUUUCCCAUUAUAUUAAAUGUUGCAUCAUCACUCUUGCAAGUUAUUAUUACUCUAAUGGUGAAGAACAUGCAGUGAAGCCGGGCUUGAAUAACGGCAUUCAAAGUGGUGUGAGACUGUGCAAAGAAGAAAUCUUUGAUGUGAUGGAAAAGCUAGGAUUAAGAGAUGAAUUUGAAGGGGUUGCUAUAGAGGAAUUUGGUGAUGAGCAAGAAAUUAGUAAUAUGUUUGAAAAUGGGGUUAGUUUGGAAGAGGUGGAGGAAACUUUCAAUAUGUUUGAUGAAAACAAAGAUGGGUUCAUAGAAGCUGUUGAGUUGUUUGGGAUUUCAGAGAGACUUUUGUGGAAUGCCAGAAAAUGAUUAAUGUUGUUGAUCAAAAUGAAGACGAAUUAAUUGAUCACUAUGAGUUUGUCAAGUUGAUGGAACAAAGUUUUAGUAACUCCAAAAGAUGAAUAAAUGUAUUGUUCUUUAGGUUUGAAUAUUAUGUCAUUAU